AUGUACCGUUCCAAGAGAAAGACGGCCUCUCGGCGUAACUUUGCCGACGACAAAGCCGCAUACACUCAACAGUACCCUUCAAGGCUUUCCUUUUACGAUGCUCCACCUUUGGAAGAGAUUACUUUGGAGCAAUUCGAGCAAUGGGCGGGUGACCGUCUUCGAGUGUUAGUGGAAAUCCAAUCACUUGGUCUCCGAAAGAAGACCCCAAAGGAGAUGGAAACGUUGAUGAGACCUACCCUUAAUAAGUUUUUACCGCUUACAAACAACCCCGACACUCAACACAGUGAGAGACAGAAGGACCACUACUCACACUUCAUUUUGCUGCUUGUGUUCUGUCGAAGCGAAGACCUCCGCAAACGGUUCAUCAAGAACGAGGUGGCGUUAUUCAAAUUACGCUACCAGUCAUUGCUGCCAAAGGAACAACAGGAAUUCAUCACCAGUCAUCUGGAGAAGUUGCCGUGGCGCUACAUUGAUGCGGAAGAGAAAGAAAGGAAUUUGGAUAACUUCUUUGCCGCCAGUGGGGCUUCGAUCCGUAAUCAUUUGAAGCUUGAACGUAACGUUGACUCGGUGACUGACGACCAAGUGAAACAGUAUAUUGCUCAAGUAGAGCAAUUUAUCAAAGUACCCUUCGAAAGAGUGCCCAAUUUGGUACUGCUGCGGACGGUAUAUUUAAGCGAAGGUAACGCCUACUUGCCGCUGCUGAUGCAAACCCAUAUCCUUGCUAAUGAGUACGCUAAGUUCCUCGAGAGAAAGCUCAUUUCAACAGUACAACAAUUGCCACAACUUGAGGAGGAUGAUCGUUUGACGCCAAUGAUCAUGCAUCUCGCCGAUAACUUCAGUCACUCUGAAGGUUACCUGCCCGAUAUUGCUGGUGACGCCGACAUCACUGCUGCCAAGAUCAAUACGCCUGGCCUUCGGCGACACUACCCUCUUUGUGCUAAACGGAUGCUUGAUGGGUUGGUUGCAACCUCAAAACUCCAAUACGAUGCUCGUACGCAAUUUGGUCUUUUCCUCAAAGGGAUUGGUCUUGGUGUUGAUGAAGCUCUCGUGUUUUGGCGGACUCAGUUUUGUAAAGAUGGUCGUAUGAACAGUGACACAUUCCAAAAGAAUUACGUCUACAACAUUAACCAUCUCUACGGGCUUAAUGGGAGUCGCAUCAACUAUAAGCCCUGGAAUUGCAAUACUGUUUUCAAUAAGCCGAGACCGCAACGGGGCCAGUUCCACGGGUGUCCUUAUCGCGAUUUGCCUCGCAGUCAGCUUGAAGAUGAACUUAGAGAGCUUAAACUUAGGGAAGAUGAAGUGGCUUCAGUGGCAGAUAUGGUCGAUGGCAAUGGUCGUACUCCCGAAGACUGGACGGCAGCCUGUACUCGGGUGUUCGAGUUGACUCACCCGGGUGCUCAGGAAGACCAUCUUGACCACGCCAACCUCUACUUUGACCGAUCACGCCAAUACUGGGACAAGCGUGAAGCGGCAUAA